AUGACGACGACGAGUGCUCAGCCAACGAAACGAUUAACCGAGAGGCAACAAUUAGCUCUAGCGUUAGCUGAAUCCACCCGAGAUUGCCCGGUGGAUGCGCUGAUCGCGAACAAAGUUUCGCCGUCCUCGAGCAGCAGUGAGAGCGACGGUGAGACGGAUGACGACGACGACCAACGUGACCAACAGUCUGAAGACCAAGAUAUGGAAGAAAAAGAACAAAACGACGAGAAGAAGAAGAAGAAGAAGAAUACGACGACGAGGAAAUUGUCUCCGAAAAAUACAAAACACCCGCAACAACUGCAAGUCCCGAUGUCUCGACAACAGAAAGAACUCGCCAAGUUAGCUCCUUGGGCGUGGGAUCCGCUCGUUUCUCGACACGCGCCAGGCCCGUCGGCGUUGAGAGACUUCUCGGAAGUGUUGCCUUCGUCCGGGGUGAAGCACAAACCGAGAGCGACGAUGAUGACGCCAACCGCCGCAAGACCAGCCUUGAAAGCAACUUUCGGGUCUUUAACUGGGUCUGCGAAGAAUAAGAAAGCCGAGAAGGAGAAGGAAAACGUAGUUCCAUCGCCGCCGUUGUUGAAGAAUAUUGUAGCUUCUUCUACUAACAACGACGCGGCGAAGAAGUCAUCGAAUACUGCGAAUACCAAGGCGGUUUCAGGUGGUGCGAAGAGAAAAACGGCAGCGGCGGAGAAAACUCCAAAGACGCCAGCAGUGGAUGCUGUCGCUACGAAAAAGGUGCGGAAGAAUGCUGCUUCGAACGCCGAGAAAGUUGCGGCGGCAACGAAGAAAGAAGAAGAAAAAAUAGAGAAAGAGAAGGAGAUUCCCGCGACGGCAAUAGCGACCAAGAAGAGGUCAACGAUCGCGGCUUCGAGAGGCAAGAAAGGUGGUGCCGUGGCCACGGAAGAGCCGAAGACGGCGCCGCAGAAGCGCACACAAAAGAGCGAGCAAAUAACCCCCGUCGCUUUCGAACUCGAACCGGCGAGCGGCGCCGAGUCGAAUAAAAAGAGCGGCGAGAAGAAUCUCAAGAGAAGCGCCGUUAAUGCCGCUGGUGCUACCACUGAUACCGUCGUUCCGGCGACUGCUGCGAAAGGUGCGCGAGGAAAGAAGGCAGCAGUGAUCAUCGAUACGCCAGUGGUGACGGCAAAGAAGAAGUUGAACCUCCAAACGCCGGGAGCGACGACGGUUGAGAACAACAACAACGACAACAAGAGGAAAGCCGUCGUCGCGGAGCGAGAAGCAGCCGGAACAGCGGCGAAGAAAUUGAACCCGUCGACGAAGAAAAGGAAGAAAGAUAGCGGCGUGGAUACCACCGCGGUGGGGACGAAAGAUUCGAAAUUAGAUCCCAGCAAACUCGUACCGCCGGAGUUUCAACAAAGACAACUCACUCCGGAGGAGAGAAAAGAACGCCGCGACAAAUUUUGGGUAUUCCUGGAAACCAUCAAAGUCAAACCUCCGAAAGAGAGCUCAUUAUUGGUCAAGGAGGCGAUACCUUCGCAUAAGUUAUACCAGUCGUUCUGCUUUGCCACCGGGCGCAUCGCUCGCGAGGCGUUCAAUCCUACUGAUGCUGCUGCUACUCGUAAACAAGGCUUCGCGAAAGUGACUUUGUCCUCCUCUCGCCAGUACGAAGACGAAGACGAGGGGGCGGCUUCGUUAGCGAGAAGAGUUCGAUUGGUGCCCAUGUCCCAAUCCCUUCGAAUCGCCGUUCGCGCGUUGAAAUAA